AUGAUCCAGGAGAGCAGUCACUACCCCACGCUAAUGCAGAGAGCGUCUUGGAUGCUGGCGGUGCCCCUGAAGGAGCAGUGUCACUUCCGCACGCCGAGCAACUCCAUUGCCAACAACUACACCUUGACCGCGCGCGACCUGAAGAUGAAGGAUCUGCAGAAGCUGGCUUCCCCUGUCCGAAUCAGGAAGGCUUCUUGCUGCACCAAACAGAAAGCCGAAUGUCCACCUGCUAAAGAGUAUGCGCCAUCCGAAAAGAAGAUGAAAAUGUAUGUAAGAAACCUCGAAGGGGAAUAUGAAAGGGCUGAAAUUGUGUCCCAGGUGUGUAGUCUCGAUUUGCUGCGGUUGGACGUUCAAACAGUGGAAUUGCCUCAUUAUUCCGAAAACCAGCCUCUGACCCCAGAGGAGCAAAUUGUUGUGAUGCAUCAGCAUGAGGAAGAGAUGAGCAAAGGACUACAGGCACCCACAGAGGAAGAUCUGGAGGAUGGAAAUGAUUUUGGUGAUGUUUACCAAGACAUGCAGUUCUUUAUUCCUCAAAUAUUGGUCCUCAAACUAGAUGUGGAGGAUCCGUCUAUUAUAUUUGAGCCCGACGUGCAGAGUUUGUGGGAUUUGGUCUACCGCUGUUUUAUUGAGAUCCUCAAAUCUUCUGAAGAUCUUCCAAAGGUUCAAGUGAAACUUUUCCCAGAAUUAAAAGGAGAUGACCUAAUUCUUCGUACGGUCAACAAGGAUGAAACCUUGGUGGCGGAUUAUGUACAAAAAACUGCGGAAAUAUUUAACCUCAAUUUGAUAGGCCCACAGAAGUACUUGAACGUGUAUAGGAAAUACAACGAUCUCUUGAAUAACAAUGCCGAGAAAGACGUGACUGAAUUUCUAAGCAAAAGACACGAGCUGGAAGAUUUUGUAGAGAAAAUUGACGGCUUGACGAAAUUGAAGAAAGAAAUUGCUUCCUUGCACGUCACUGUCCCCUUGGCUCUCUUCUGCCUGGAUGCCCUGAAACUGAACGAAGAGCUUUGCAAUCGGACCCAGAGGCUGAAGGACAGACUGAUUGAGUUUGAAAUCGAGGAAAACAGGAACCUUAACAAGAGCAUUUGCAACCAGUACAACAUCAUUGCCGACAAGGUCAGCGAAGUGCCUUUGACCACCGAGCAGCUGGUGGAACUCACAGCUUACUUGAAAAAAUCCAGCGAAGUCACGGUGUUCAAGCUGCGUCGCGAAAUCAAAGAAGCCAUCUACCGGCUCGAGUUCCUAAUGGACUACGCUGACCUUCCCAGUGAAGAUAUCAGACUAAAUAGUACAGUUCUUCAUUGGCCAGAUGGGAUUGAAGAUAUCUUUGAUACCAGUCGGAAUCAACUCAUGAACAGGAGGGAACAAGUCGAGAUUUCCCUGAUUAAAAGAUGCUCUGAAUUUGAAGCUAUCCUUGAAAGUUAUAACAAGGAAGUGGAAAGUUUCCGGAAGAAGGACGUCAUGACCAUGGAAGAAAUGAAGAAUAACGUGGAAAAAUUAACUGAGUUGUCAAAGAAUUUGGACCAUGCUCUUCUGGAAUAUGAGACGAUCAAUAAAGAAGAGGAGUUACUUGAACGAGAGAAAAGCCAGUUUCCUCUGCUCCAAACCAUCAUUUCACACAAGCUCCCGUUCGAGCAACUUUGGGUGACCGCUUACCACUUUCAUGUGAAGUCUGAGGAGUGGAUGAACGGGUCUGUCCUCCAACUGAACGCGGAGGAAAUCAGCGAGGAUGUCGCCAAUAUGUGGCGAACCAUGUACAAAUUGACCAAGACCUUUAUAGAUCUCCCGGGCCCCAAGCGGAUGGCGGAGAAUGUGAAGUUUAAAAUCGACAAGUUCAAGCAACAUCUGCCCGUCCUUUCCAUCGCCUGCAAUCAUGGGAUGAAAGACCGGCAUUGGGAACAGAUCAGUGAGAUUGUGGGCUAUGAGAUACGGCCAGAUGACACAACUUCCUUGAUGAAUAUGUUGGAAUUCGGGCUAUCGAAAUACAUUGAAAAAAUCGAGCCAAUUGGUGCCGCAGCCAGCAAAGAAUAUUCCUUAGAGAAAAACAUGGAGAAGAUGAAAUCGGAAUGGGUCAACAUCCGUUUCACUUUUGUGAAAUACAGGGAUACGGAUACCAACAUCCUUUCGGCUGUUGAUGACAUUCAACUGUUGCUGGAUGACCACAUCAUCAAGACGCAGACCAUGUGCGGCUCUCCGUUUAUCAAGCCAAUCGAAGCCGAAUGUCGGAGAUGGGAAGAAAAACUUGUCCUGAUGCAGGAAAUUAUGGACAACUGGUUAAAAUGUCAGGCAACCUGGCUUUACCUGGAGCCCAUCUUCAGCUCCGAGGAUAUUAUUGCUCAAAUGCCCGAAGAAGGCCGAAAAUUUGGAAUAGUAGAUGCUUACUGGAAGGACAUCAUGGCCCAAGCG